GGUGCCGGCCGGCGCCAUCGCGAUUGGAGCCCAGCCAGGGGAACGCACCAGCCGUGCAUUCACAGCAACGCAUCGCUGCGAGGCAACCACGAAUCGCGGUUGAAACGAGCAUCGUGCCUAGCGCAGCAGCGGCAAGCAACCAUAGGCUAGCCCAGGGCUGCAAAACCAUGAGCGAGCUCGCGCACCACGCCGACCAAGAGCACGACGACGAAGAAGCAACGGUCAUCCCCGAACAGCAGGAGCACGACCAGGUGCACCACGACCACGCGCACGCCGCCGACGAGCUGCGGCGGAACGCGACAGGGGCGCACACGCACGUGCACGAGCAUAGUCAUGGAGAGGGCCAGGAGGUCCACUCGCACUCGCACGCGCACGUCACGGACGAGCAGCUGCAUGUGCAUGAUCAUUUACAUGCUUAUGUUGAUGAAAACACGAUCCCGGUUCCGGACGAGAAGGGCCCCGCGGAGCGACUCGUCACGAUCUUCGAGGCGACGUCUGUGGAGAAGGACGCUUCGGUCAUAUCCUACGUGGGUACGUCCGGCCUGAAAGUGACUAUAUUAGAAGGCCUAGACACGCAUAAGGGGCGCCUCACGAAAUUAUCUUUACGUUCCAACUUAGUAGCGGAGUGCAAAGAAGUAGCGGCGCACGGCGCUUCCCUCAAACAUCUCGAAUUGUAUGAUAACCGCUUACGAUCACUGCGCGGCAUCGAGCACUGCCCGUUCCUCGAGAUCAUUGACGUGUCGUACAACGGUUCUCGCGAUUUAGCGCCGGUCGCGGUCUGCUUCCAGCUGCGGGAGCUCUACGCGGUCUGGGAACGGCGUCCCUUUUUUUUAUACUUGCGGCGACGGCGUACGCACGCAGGCCUGCAACAAGCUCCGGGAGAUUUAUGUAGGUCUGUCGAAGCUCGAGAACCUCGUCAUGCUUGAUUUGGGAGGCAACCGCUUGAGAAAAAUGGAACACUUUCCACAAAAUCUAGAGAAACUCUUCCUGGGCAAGAACAAGAUCGAACGCGUCGAGAACGUCUCGACGCUAAAGAAGUUGAAAGUCUUGGACGUCCAGUCGAACCGCUUGACUUCUCUGGAACCCGGGUCGCUGCCGUCUCAAUUACAAGAGUUGUAUGGCGCGCACAACGCCGUCACGGACCCUCCGCCCGACGCGUUGCAAGGCCUCGCCCUCGAGACCGUGGACCUCUCGCACAACCGCCUGACGUCCCUGGAGGUUUUCUCCGGGUUAGGACUGGGCGAUUUGUGGCUCUCGUACAACGGCGUGCCGUCGCUGGAGGCCGUCGGAUGUCUCAAGGACGUGCCGCUCACGUGCCUGUACCUCGACCACAACCCCUGCGCCGCGGAGCCGCGCUACGCGAACUACCUGCGCGACUUCUUCCCGCUCCUGGAGCAGCUCGACGCGAACUACGCGCCGGCGCGCGGCGCCGCGGCGAGCGGGAUCUCCUAA